AUGUCUGAAGCAGGUGUACAAAAAUAUGCCAGGUGUUAUAAAGGCAGUAAUUUUUCUGGUAUUGAUGCAGAUAAGCUAAAACUUAGGAAAGUAGAAAUACCAGAUAAUGAUGAUAAGAUAGAUGGCCUUACUUUCCACGAUCGUGAUAUACUAUUGCCAUCAAAGUCAAUAGGAAGUUAUUUCAAAAACCUUUUAGAACUUAUACAUUUAAUUAUUUCGCCUCCUGAAUUAACAGAAACACAAGAUUUACAAAAAAUUAAAUAUGAUAGUGCACAGGAAAUGGAAUCGAGUUUUGAUGUAGAAGAAGAUGGCACCCUUACGUUUUUUAGUAAAUUGCCACUUGACAUAAUGCCAGCUAGUGAAAUGAUUGUUACUGAAAUAAGGCAGAACUAUCCUAUCUAA